AUGACCAAACCUCAUAAUAAAACAGCUAGCCACAUUAGCAGCUCGUCACUGAUAUGGCUGCUAGUAGCAGGAGCCACAUUACGCAUCAUACUUCUUUACUUUACUCUACGUGAAGGCAUCUUCCUAUUCGAGCAUGGUUUGUCACCAUACGAGGGCGAAAUGUAUCAUCAGACUCCACUCUUGAUACCUCUGUUUCUAUACAUACCACAGCACGUCACUCCGCUAGUGUUUAUCAUACUGGACUGCAUCAUCACAUCUCUAGUUAUACACGUCGCAUCAUUCAAACAAUCACUACAGGCUGCUGAAAUAUGGCCAAAACCAAUGGCAGUCAAGCAAGUCCCAGAUUUGCAGCCGAAGGACUCGCCGAUAAAUCCGAUACUCGUUGGGUACUCGUACAUGUUCAAUCCAUUGGCGAUUAUGACUUGUCUGGCCCAAUCUACGAGUGUUUUCAAUUCGGUGGCUAUUUGGUCUGGGAUACUGUAUGCUUGCAAAGGAAACUGCAAGCUCUCCAUGUUGGCGAUUGCCGUGUCAACACAUUUGACGCUGUAUCCCGUCAUGUUGAUAGUGCCGUGUGCUAUGCUGAUAGCUCAAGUCACGAAAACUAAGCUUUGGACAACCCUAUCAUAUUGUGGACUUUAUUUCAGUGCAUACUUGGCAUCCCUGUUUGGAUUAUGCUAUCUCUUGACUGAAUCGUGGGACUUCAUACCAAACUCGUAUGGUGUCAUUCUACUCGUCGUGGAUCUAACACCGAACAUUGGCAUAUGGUGGUACUUUUUCAUGGAAAUGUUUGAUCAAUUCCGGAACUUCUUCCUCGGCGUAUUUCAAAUCCAUGCCUUUCUAUACGCUGUGCCUCUCGCAAUCAAGUUUCGAGAGAACCCAUUUCUCGUCAUGUAUCUGCUUUGUGCAGUCAUGUCCAUAUUCAAAUCGUAUCCAAGUGUAUGCGAUACGGCGCUUUACCUGACACUGCUAGCUAUGCAUCAGGAGCUCUUUAAAUACAUGAAACAGGCCUUCUUGAGUCUAUCAGCUAUGGCCUACUCUGUACUUCUAGGACCAGUCUUUUAUGGUCUGUGGACAUACUCUGGAGCAGGAAAUGCCAAUUUCUUUUACGCAAUCACACUGAAUUGGGGUCUAGCUCAAGUAAUUCUCGUGACGGACUCUGCUUUUGCUUAUCUAAGACGAGAAUGGGAGAGGCUGCAUCCAGAUCUAAGGAAUAAGAGAGUGGAACUUGCUCAUCAGUAA